AUGAUCGUGGCAAAUAUAACCACAAUGAGCGGGUUUCUCCUCUUGGGCUUUUCGGACAUUCGUGAGCUACAGGUUUUACAUGCUUUUCUGUUCUUGGUGAUGUACCUAUUAACCUUGACAGGUAACUUCAUUAUUAUCAUCACCACAUUGGACCAGCAUCUCCAGUCCCCAAUGUAUUACUUCUUAAAGCACCUUUCCCUUCUGGACCUCUCCUUCAUUUCUGUCACUGUCCCUCAGUCUAUUGAAAAUUCUCUGAUGGAUGAUGGCUAUAUUUCUCAAGGCCAGUGCAUGUUCCAGGUUUUUUUCUUCACAUCUUUGACUUGGGCUGAGGUGGCCAUUCUCACAGUGAUGUCUGAUGAUCGCUAUGCAGCCAUCUGCUUCCCACUGCACUAUGAGGUCAUCAUGCAUCCUAGUAAGUGCAAAUGGGCUGUGACAGCUGUAUGGCUAAGUGGAAGCAUCUCUGGAAUCUUGUUCACAGCAGCCACAUUCUCUAUCACAUUCUGUAGGCACAAAAUAAUCCAUCAGUUCUUCUGUGAUGUCCCUCAGUUGGUAAAGCUGUCCUGCUCCAAUGAUUACCUUGGGGUGGUUGGAGUGGCUGCUUUCCUAUCUGCGAUGGUAUUGACCUGCUUCACCUCCAUUGUCCUCUCCUACAUCCACAUCUUCUCCACAGUUCUGAGAAUACCCUCUGCUGAAGGCCAAUCCAAGGCCUUCUCUACCUGUCUGCCCCACCUCUUUGUUGUCUCAUUUUUUCUUUCCGCAUGUAUCUUUGAGUUUCUAAAACCAACUUCAGAUUCUCCAAGUGCUUUUGACCUUAUGGUUUCUAUCUUUUAUUUGGUAAUACCCCCAAUUCUCAACCCUGUUAUCUACAGCCUCAGGAAUGAAGUCAUGAAAGGAGCUUUCAGAAAGUUGCUACUGGGUGGAGAAUUCACCAGGAAAAAAACAUUUUUGUCCUGUCAUUGA